GUUAUUGAGUGAUAUACCCUCCCAUUAACCAGGCCUAAAACAUACUUUAUCCCUCCUCUACCUUCCUGUUUUCUUUUUCUCUUUCUCUCUCCUCCAUUUUCACGCAGGAAUGCAGCGUCAUAUAAGUCUUCACGGCCUUUCCCGUACAGAAGACUCUGGAUUGAAUCAGCAAUGGCGAUCAAGAGUCGAGAUUAUAAUAAAUCAAAACACAUACAGAUCCGUCUACCAUUUUCAUGAUGGAAGGUCAAAAGCAGUCAACAAUGGCGAAGCGGCGACGAAGACGAGAAAUCGAUCAACUUGGUGAUUGUGUCGAAUUAGGUCGAAAUCACUCACGAAGCAGUACGAACCGGGCCUCCACCGUAGUAGGCGACGAUGACCCGGCACAGAAAGAGCGUGGGGAAAAGAGGAAGCGCGGGACCAGAGCCACCACGCAACUGAAGGCUCCUACAGCACCAGGGGAAAAGAGGGGUGCGGGGAGACCCAGAAUAGCCUGCGAAAAACCCGAGGGAUCCACCUUAUACCUGUAGGUUCAGGCCCUGGCAAGUGAUGGACGUGAAACAACAUCUGAGUGAUGAAAGGAAGAUGUGGAUUGCGAAAUCCCACUUACAUGCUAUGCUGGAACUGAAAAUCGGUAAACUGGACAAAAAGUUCAUGUGUUCGUUGCAUAAAAGGUGGGAUGCGGAUGCAGGAACCGUUACCAUAAGAAAGCACUAUGUGGUUGAUAUUACAGAAGACGUGAUAGGCUUUAUCACUGGGUUACCCUUUGGAAACAAAACCGAUAACCUUCCUCGAGAUCUUACAAUGACAGAACCUGAAGCAAAAGGCUAUGGUUAAAUUUUACAAGAAUGAAAAGGAUAGCAUAUCGUUCGACUACGUAUUCAACCUAUGCAUUCCAGAGAUUACCUACCUUGACAGAAUCAGGUAUCAUAAUGAUAGGGAACUAAGGUGGAAUACGGACGAGGCUAGAAUUUCCACUUGGCAACAAGAUGACAUGGUAUGCGCCAUUGAAGGGAAUACAAAAAAACAGGGAAUACGGUUAUGCGGAGGUGGUUCACAAUGUAACGGUACGUAUGGACUGAAAUACCCAGUUGGCACACCGUAUGUGUUACCCAGUUGGGACGAACUGGGUACUGAUCAAACCGCGGAGCCUGAUCCCGUCUUCAACCCCCGAGAUCGUCCUAGUAGUCCUCCCCGCCACACGUUCAUACCCAUUUUCCCUGGCGGCAAGCGCACGAGGAAGAGCAAAUUAAACAGCGACAAGUCCGGUGACUUGGAGGAUGAGCGUGAACAUGGUACAAUGUCAUUCCCACCGAGAACAUGGAGUCAAGGAGCUGCUGAAAUCACAGUCAACGAAGAGGAGGUACAUCGUGAAAGGAAUGCUGAUAAGGUGGUUGGAAGAACCAAGAAGAGAAAAUGUCCAGAUCCCACAUAUGCGGUUCCCUCAGAACUUAGCCCCGGCGUCGGAAGAUUGGUUAGGGAGAUUAUAGAUAAUAAAUGGAACGAGAAGCAUAUCCUUUUCAGUGUAAGAGAAAUAGGUAUUUCCUUGACUAGGUCUACCCUCAGAUUCUGCUUCGACUCGAAGGGAAAGGUUAUCAAUGAGGUUAUGGGUGCCAUUGCUGCUUGCUACAACUAUGAUAAUCGUGCAUCUAAUCAGUUCUAUAUGUUCCCGCCCUUCUUCUGUGUUCUUACCUAGACGCCCAAUUCAGAAACUAUGACAAGAAAUAUACGGAACAGUUUGGAUAGACUCGUUGAUGCGAUCAAGGUUGAGAUUGAGCUUCACAAACUUGUUUUGACAAAUGUGGUCAAGUUUGUGCUGCCCUUCUAAAUUAAGAACCGGUGGUUUGUACAAAUAAUAGAUACUGCAAGCCUCAAGCGGAUUAGGUAUGACUCUAGAAGAUCUCCUCCCCAGCCGUUGUAUGACAAACUAGGCAACCUGGUGGUUCCUUCGUGCCUUAUGGUUCUUAAUGCGGUUCUAGGGUCAACACCUCCAUGGCAAGCACAAGCAGAUGUUAUAGAACCUGUGUUCUAUAGAACGAGUUUCAAGGAACAUACUAAUGAUGACAAUCCAAUGCUAAGCCUCAUCUUUGUCCUUCAGUCAACCAAUUCAGUCAAGUAUUGGGACUCUUGGCUAGAGUUAUUGUAGUAUAGACCUAUGCAGUCAGCUGCCAGGAUCAAGAGUGCGUAUAUCACUUGCCAAGCUUCUCGUCUAAGUGAUUUAAUGAGAAAGUUGUCUCUUCCCAGUGAAGAACAAAUACUUCAACGGCAAAGGUUGACACCAAGACUGAUGGAUUCAGUAAGUUUUUUUAUUGAUUAGCUUUCUCGUUUGCUGCAAGUGUGACACCAGGUUUGGAUUAUACAUGAUCAUAUAAUGGCAGGUCAAAAGAAUGUUGGUUUUGCUUGUCAAGCCCCAGUGUGGAGUCUCAUCUAAUUAUAACUGUGGGAGAGAACUUAUACUGUGCAUUGGCAAAAGGCCCACUGGUUGACGAUCAUGUGCUGUUAUUACCAGUAGAGCAUUCUCCAAGUACUUUAUCCCAACCCCAGAUAGUCAAAGUGAACUUUUAGAUAUCAGAGUAGUCUACGGAUGUACAACAAAACCCAAAGGAAACAUUUCAUUUUCUUUGAAUUGAAUGGAAAAAAAAGGUCAAAUAUUGUUCUGUCUGAAGUCGUAGUCCUUGAAGCCAAGCAACUGUUCCUUCUCUAUGAAAUGAAGGGCUCUAUAACCUGGCUGAGGAGUUUGGACAGCAGGUGUUCCUUCUCUAUGAAGAUCUCUUGCUUUAGUUUGACCUUUUGAUCCUAUAACUUCUCUGUCAAUAUCUGCUUCAUUCUUGGUGUCGUCAUGAUUGCACUUAAGUAUCUGUUUAGGCUCGUGGUAGGAUGUAAACAUUUCUUUUACUGUUUGUGGUUUGGGCUUUUGUUUUGGGCUAGAACGUUUGCUACAAGUUUGGUAGAUGCCUCUAUUUUAGGCUCUUCUGAAGCUAGUUGAUAUUUUUUUUUGGUUUUUGCUUUACUUUUGUUGAUUCUAUUUAAAAACACUA